CAAAGUGUGAUGGAGGAGCGGAGCAGGGGCCGAUGUCAGGACCAGCGGAUGGGUGGAGGUGCAGGAUGCACUGCUGGGCCCCGGGGCGAGGCUGAGGAAUGCCCCAAUUACAGCACAAUUAUGAGAACUGGAAGCUCUCCACUGCCCUCAGCCAAAGGAACACGCGUGGGGAUGAGGCACAGGACAGUGUUCCCAAGGGAAAAAACAACAAUCCUGGCCUGGCUCCUUAAUGGGUAUAAAUGGGUGUCCUCUGCUGCUCUGCGCCAGCCAGUCCACGCCAAAACACCUUUGCCUGGAUGCUUGCGAGGUUUUGGGGCUGCCGGAGACCCACGAGAAGCGGUGAUGUCUUUCAGCAGGAGGAACUGGUCUGACCUCUCCAGCCUGGCCAGGCAGAGGACACUUGAAGAUGAAGAAGAGCAGCAGAGGGAGCGCCGGCGGAGGCACCGCAACCUGUUGUCCUCCUCAUCCGUGGAUGAAGACCACCCCAGCCCUGGGAAGGACCCCAGCCCCGCUCCCAGCAGGCCCCAGGCCCCGGUGAAGCUGAUGGCUCCCGAGGAGGGCGAAGAGCGUAAGCUGACAGAGGUGCUGAGGACAAAAGAAGGGAGACGGAUGAGGUCAACAAUGGCAGUGCCUGAGAAACCAAAACAGGAGAAGGAGCAGCAGGAGGCAGGAAUGAAGCCGCACACGGGGCAGGAGAGCAUCGCGGCUGCAGAGCGGGGUCAGGAUACGGCCCCAGCCCCAGCAGGAGAGCAGCACCCGGAGCAGAGCCAUGGGAGGAAGGUGACAGCAAGAGGACGGCUGCAGGACAGAGACGGAUCGGGUGUGGGGACACUGCGGGGAGAGCAGAGGAGGGAGGAGGAGCAGCAGCGAGUGGCUCCAGAGCUGGGGGGCUGCCGGCUGCGCGAGGUGAAGAUCCUGACCCGGACCAGGAGCUCCAGCACGGAGGAGAAGGCAGCCUCAGAGGGGACCUCACCUCCAGCCCAGCAGCAACCACCCAGGAAUCCCUCAAAGGAGGGAAUGCAGCCGCCUCCCAGCCAGGAGGAACCUACAGAAAAGCGGGAUGCUCCUCCAGCUCCUGCCACCUACAGCACCUCCAUCAGAAGAAGCAGCCCAAGAACAGUCUCCUUUCGGGUGAUCUCAAAUAAACAGAAAGAAGAAAGUGAGAGUCCUCUUGCAAGAAGCGCGAGCAUGAGGAUCCCAGGCAGCAGCAGCAGCAUUGAGGAGAAGCUGGAAAAGUACACAUCAGCUGUGCAGCGCUCGGGCUCAGUGAGAUCUUCCCUGACAGUCCAGAAGAGCCUGAUGUUGACUUCAGAGGGGGUGGCCAGCAAACGCAACUUCUUCGAGGCCAGCGCUCCCAGCAAGGCAGAGCCGCUCGCUGCCAGGAAGGACAACCUGAAGAUCCCGGGAUCGGUGACGUCGCGCAUUAACCUGUGGAUCAGCCGAACUCAGGAGCCUGCCAAGGAGGAAAAGAGCAAGGACAUCAGGAAGAUCAACAGCCUGCCAAGGCGUGACGGCUGGGUGAAGCCGCCCAGAGAAACCCCUGCAAACCCCGAGUUGUAACAAUACCAUACGCAACAUUAUCAGAUGAUAAAAACUGUUCUGCUCUGAAGAUCAAAGCCUGGCCCUGCCCUGCCGUCCAGCAGCCCAUAGUGCCAAAAAGUCCCCACUGCCACCUGCGGGUGGAACGGUGCGGCCCGGGGUCCUCUGCUGGUGGGCUGGAAAGGAAGAAGGCUGGAAGUCCAUCCCUGCAUCCCCUCUCCUCUCUCGCUGCCCUGGCCAGGAGUACCCAGACCUGGAGGCUCCCUGCAGACUCUGAACAGACCCUUGCCUUGCUUUCCUACAACGUUGUGCUGUCCUGCUCCCAUUCCCUGGCUGUGCCCCAUAACUGUGCUUGCUAAAGGGAUCUGCCCAUACCUGUCCCUUGCAGCUGGAUCGUGUCAGCAGUGAGGCUGCACAUCCAUAAACUGUGCCCAGCCCCAUGUGUGGGGCGAGGUGGGGGGCAGGGAGAUGUCACCCCUCCCCAGGGCUGGCCCAACCAAAGGCAAAGGCUGCAAAGUGUGUGUGCCACGAUUGUAGCCUUGAGACCCCGAAGACCCCAAAGCCACCUGGUCCCCACAUGCCCGCUGUGCCCACCUGGGGGGACACCAGUUGCCUAUAACACGAUGCCCAAAUCCUUCUGCCACAGGCUGGGGCUGUGCCUUCAGCAAUCACUGUGCUGUCCAAAUUCUGUGUGGGACCCUCCUGCUGCCCCCGGAUCUGCUCUUGCUUGUUUGGCUUUGGAUAGGACUUGAUUUUCUCUAGGACUGGGUUGUUUUCUAAUAAAAGUGGCUCCUUCUGAAAUGUUC